GGAACACAAUUUGGGGCACCAUGGCUGACGAGAGCAUCGAAGAUAGAUUCAAGAAGGCCGUCUGGCUCAUCCGCAAUGGCCCCAAGAUGGACUCGACCAACGAGCAGAAGCUGACGUUCUACUCUUACUUCAAGCAGGCCACCAAAGGAGAUGUGGAAGGCACUCAGCCAUGGGCGGUGCAAAUCGAGGCCAGGGCCAAGUGGGACUGGUGGGCCAAACUCAAGGGCAUGAGCAAGGAGGAGGCCAUGCAGCACUACAUAGACCUCCUCGGCGAUCCUGAGAUCUGGGAGAACCACGAACUGCUCAAGAGUACCUACAAGCCCGCGGAGUUUGACCUUGCAAAGAUCUGAGUAGCACAGCUGCACCUUAAAGCAGAGCGCAGAAUGGUCUUAUGCUUAGGAACUGUGUCCAGUACCAGAUCAGCCUCUCAAAUGAGAGGAUGCUCAGAUGAACUCCUGCUUAGCAGCUAGAACAAUUCAUAUCCCAGAAUUGUACUCAGUCAAUUCUGCAGGCAUCAAUACCUAUGCACUGCCAGAGUAUGCCUGCUGGAGGGCUGGCUAGCAGCCCUCCCAAACGGCUCAAAAUUCAUUGGGCAAGGGCAUUUUGUACAUAGCGUAUCACGCAGUGCCUGAAGCUUUGUAAAUUGCUGCACUGUUAC